CCGGCGAAAACUAGAUGGCACCUCAGCCGUAAAUUCCUCGAACGCUAACAAAGUCCCAAAAACAUAGCAGAGAAAUAUGCUUCGUGGGUUCAUUUCUCCCAUUACACGAUCCCCUCUCACUCUCUUACGUUUCAGGCACUUAGCUUACCUACCAACCAGUUCAUCAUCAUUCAAUGUGGAAUUAGACACUUAGCUUACCUACCAACCAUUCCGAUAUUUCAAGUGAAACCCAGUUCUUGAUCCUCGUAUUCGUAUAAGGCCAAGGUUCUCUAGCCUUUAUUGUCGGAGCAGAGAAAUGGAUCAGGACAUUUCACAACGUGAAAACCAAGUGCUUCGAGUGAAGAAGCGUGUCGCAUUUCGUUUAUGCGAUGUGUCGAGUCACACUACUGAAGUAAUGGAGAUUCAAGCUGACAAUCCAACAUUUCAUGUUCUAAUCAUCCCUGGAAAUCCAGGUGUUGUUACAUUUUAUAAAGACUUUGUGGAGGCUCUAUAUGAGCUGCUGGGUGGAAAUGCGUCUGUGACAGUUGUUGGGCAUAUAUCACACACCAAAAAGAACUGGGAGCAUGGAAGGAUUUUCUCAUUACAAGCCCAAAUUAAUCACAAGAUGGACUUCAUCAAACAGGAAUUGCAAAAUACUGCAGGCCCUUUAUUACUGGUAGGGCACUCUAUUGGAUCAUAUAUAUCCAUGGAAAUGUUUAGGAGGUCUCCAGAACAGGUGACUUAUUGUGUUGGGCUAUAUCCGUUUUUGGCGUUAAACCCAGAGUCCACAAAACAGGCCCUUAUUGGGAAGAUUACAGAGUCCCGCAUUGUAUGUGUUGCCUUGAGCUUUAUUGUUGCGCUCUUGGGAUUGUUGCCUAUAUCACUUUUGAGGUUAAUUGUGCUCACAUUCCUUGGGAAGUCAUGGUCAGCUGCUGCAGUUGAGGCUGCUUGCUAUCACUUGGUAAAGUACCACACAAUGCGGAAUAUUCUCUUUAUGGCAAUGACAGAAUUCCAAAAGCUUUCAGAAACACCAGAUUGGGAAUUCAUGAGGGAAAAUCUGGACAAGAUAGCAUUUUUGUUCGGCAUUGAUGAUCACUGGGCUCCACUGCAAAUGUUUGAAGAGAUUGCCGAGCAGGUCCCUGGUGUUGCUCUUUCAAUUGAACGAGAGGGUCAUACUACUCAUGGUUUCUGUUGCACUGAAGCUGGCUCAUUGUGGGUUGCUGAGCAGGUAGCAAGCUUGAUCAAGAUUAAAGUUUCAUUGUGAUCUGCCCUAGCCCACCAUGUUCUUCUUUAGGAUGCAAAGAUAACUGGAUGGAUAAGUCAAUCAAUUGAGUCAUUUGAUUGUUACUUGGUUGAUUAGAUUAUACUAGAAGCGCCAGUAAACUAGAUAGGCUGCUUCCUGUGGACACUAGCACAUUUCUGGCCAAUCUUUUUUGAUAAAUAAAGCUAUUUAUACACAUUUACUAAUUACA